CUUUACUCAUCUCUAAAUGUUCAUGACAGAUUCCCUGAACUUCAAGGGGUCAACCUCGAUUUUGUUUGUACUCUUCUAAUGGCCCGGGACCUGAAGAUGAACGUUCGUAAACGUGCUAUCGCAAGCUUCUUCGAAUGGGACAAGCUUGACCGCACUGUUGGAGGUGCCCAACAAGCUUUGGGU